AAGGCUUAAGAAUACCCACAUAUACACAUAGAGAACUCGGAUUAUAAUGCUAAACAGGUUCAUUGGUUUAUCGGCGGCGAUCGUGGGUCGCAGCAGUCGCAGCAGCGGCUUUCCGUCCUCGUCGCUCUUUAAAGCUGGGAAUCAGAAUCAAAACCGCACCAUGUCCGCUGGCAAGGCUUUCAAGGUCCUGGUGACCCAUCCCGAGGUUCCCCAGGAGGGCGUGGAUCUGCUGAAGCAGAACUGCGAGGUCAUCCAGGUGCAGAGCGUUCCCAUCAACAGGGCCGAGCUGCUGGAGAAGAUCCGCGGAGUGGAUGGCGUCCUCUGGGGCGGCCACGAGCCCUUGAAUGCUGAGGCCCUGGAUGCCGCCGGUCCCCAGCUGAAGUCCAUCUCCACCAUGUCGGCGGGCAUCGAUUAUGUCGAUGUUCCGGAGGUCAAGAGGCGCAAGAUCCCACUGGGACACACGCCCACCGUUCUCAACACCGCCGUUGCCGAUUUGGCGGUGGGUCUCCUCAUCGCCGCCAGUCGCCGAUUCCACGAGGGACGCAAGAAGAUCGACAAUGACCAGUGGGAGAACUACCACCUCAACUGGCUGCUCGGCCAGGACAUCCGUGACUCAACGGUGGGAUUCUACGGCUUUGGAGGCAUUGGCCAGGCCAUUGCCAAGCGCCUUUCCGGCUUCGACAUUGACAAGGUCCUCUACACCACCCGCCGGCGUGUGCACAAGGAAAUCGAGGAGGAGUUCAAUGCCAAGAAGGUCGACUUCGACACCCUUUUGGCCGAAAGUGACUUCAUUGUCAUCGCCUCCCCCUUGACGAAGGACACGCAGGGCGUGUUCAAUGCCACCGCCUUCAACAAAAUGAAGGAGACCGCUGUGCUCAUCAACAUUGCUCGCGGCAAAAUUGUGAACCAGGAUGACCUCUAUGAGGCUCUCAAGUCGAACCGAAUCUUCUCCGCCGGUCUGGACGUCACGGAUCCGGAACCUUUGUCGCCCAAGGACAAACUUCUGACACUCGACAAUGCCGUUGUCCUGCCCCACAUUGGAUCCGCCACGAAGCGCACCCGUGCCGAUAUGUCCACCAUUGCGGCGCACAAUGUGCUCCGUGGUCUGGCUGGGGAGCCCAUGUUGUCGCCCGCCUACUAGGAAAUUCAAAUGGAAACUGGCCUUUUAUCGUAAUCCAGUGUGGGAAGUUCUGACCAACUGAGUGUGAAAGGCCGUCAUUGGCCUUGGCAUGCUUGUGAUGUGAAAAUAAAAUUAUAAUUGAAAAAACAA